UGGCCGCCCGGUGGCGGCUGGGGGGCUGAGACAUCGGCGGCGAUUCCGGCGAGCCAGGCCGCGAUCCCCGUUUCCCGGUCAGGAUGAUCGGCGCGCCCGACGUGGUGGCCUUCGCCAAGGAGGAGGCGGCGGCCGAAGAGGCGGCGGCGGCGGCGCGCGAGCCGGGCCUGCCCGAGGAGUACUCGGUGCCGCUGCUGCCCGCGCCAGGCCGCGGCGCCCACCCGUGGUCCCGGCGGGGCGGCUUGGGGGGCGGCUCGGGGGGCUGUCCGCCGCCGUUCCCGCGCGACUUCCUGCUGGUGGCCGAGUUCUCGGAGCAGGUGGGCCCGCAGCCGCUGCUGACGGUGCCGGCCUGGGAGGCUCCAGGGGGCUUCGACCUGAACUACUUCGCGUUGCGCAUCAUGUCAGUGGACUACCAGGCCUGCGCGGCAGGGGCAGCCCCGGGAGGCCCCUACCCACGCCUGCGCUUCGCCCGGGACUCGCAGGUGGUGCUGGGCGACUCCAAGGCGGGUGCCUUCGCCUAUGUGCACCACCUGACACUCUACGACCUGGAGGCACGUGGAUUCGUGCGGCCCUUCUGCCUGGCCUACGUGUCAGCCGACGAGCGCAAGGUCAUGCGCCUCUUCCCGGAGCUCUCAGCCCAGUUCUCGGGCGCCUCCGAGGGCCUGAAGGACGGCAACCGCAGGGCCUUCGCCCGUGAACUGGAGAAGAAGCUGCGCGACCUGGACUAUACCCGGUCCGUGCUGCACCGCGAGACCGAGCUGCAGAAGCGCAGCCUGGCGAAAGGCUGCUACUCCAGCCGAGCCAUCGAGAAGGCCAACGAGCUGGCCAGCGUGGAGAAGGCCAUCAUCGAGCACCGCGACCUGCUCCGGCAGAUCCGAUCCUAUCCACCUGGACGGCGGAAGUGGGCCAGCGGGCCUCCCUCCGAGCCGACUGGAGAGGACGCCCAGCCAGAGUUACCGGUUGAUGAUACGUUGCCACCGCCUUGUCCCCAGGGCUCCUCCUACACCCCGAAGCUCAUCCAGGCCAAAUCCAGCAAGUGCUUUGACAAGAAGCUGAAAACCCUGCAGGAACUCUGCGAGGAGCACUCCUUCAGCCAGACCCUCGACCACUUGCACCGGAUCGAGAAGAUGUUCCGGGGCGACGUUUGCUACCUCAUGAUCAACCGCAUCAGCAGAGCCCUCCUGAAGCAGCAGGCAUUCGCCGGCUUUCUUUUCGAAGAUGUGUCUCUCCUGGAUGAGGAGCAGCAGGAAAAGCCCUUUGAAGUCAGUCCAGGGCAGAACCUGGACCCUCCCAACAUGGCUUGUUUGGAAAGCGGACCAAGUCCUGAGAUACUCAUCGAUCUUGCCUCUUACAAAUCCAGUGUGGAGUCUGUGCCAAUUAAGAUGGAUCCAGAGGUUGAAGACAGGCAAGACCCAGAGGCCUCCCACCCUGUCCCUUAUGACAAUGUCGAACUUCUAGAUGUCGACCUGAAAGGGAGCGUCAGCAGCGGCGAAAGCAUUGAAGUUUUGGGAACGGAGAAAUCGGCCACAACUUCUGUCCACUCCGAAAGUCAGUCAGGCUUGCUACAAGCGCCCCCCAGCCCCCCCGUGGUGAGGGACAAAGCCGCCAGCAGCAGGACCAUCAGUGGGGACAGCAUCGAAGUCCUCAGUACCUGCCCCUCAGAGGCCCUGAUCCCAGACGAUUUUAAAGCAAGCUACCCAAGUGCCAUUAACGAAGAUCCUUACGGUGGCGAAGAAGAGGAGGGCUUCCUGUUCAGCCGUGAGUUAACUCUGGACAGCACCGAAGAGGAGGUGGAAGGCAGCCCUGCACCUGAAGCCCCUCCGGGGGAUGCUUCUUGCUGCAUUGGCAAAGAGAGCCCCAACUUCCUUGAGGGUCAAGCCAAUGUGCCUCCCAGACACAGCGAUGACGACGGUGUGGUCAGCAUCCCCCCACAGCCAUACAGGCCAGGUGACGCAGGGUUUCAGGUGAACUUCACAGACUGCUCCCACGAUGGGGUCCUGGGAGGCCUCCUUGCCUAUGAACUCGAUCCUCAUUACCUCUGUGAUGGCCGAGAAACCAGAAAAAUGAGCCUGGAUAAAUGCUCGGAUUCCACGAGUUACAUGAGCAGCGCGGCGUCCACCAACUCCGACCGGACCCCGUCCCCCGCUGCUCUCGUGGGAGAAAAGCCCAAGAAGGCUGGGCAGAGCGCCUUGCGCUUCAUCCGGCAGUACCCCUUCGCCCACCCUGCUAUCUACUCUCUGCUGAGCGGGAGGACCCUGGUGGUGCUAGGAGAAGACAAGGCCACCGUGGAGAAGCUCAUUGCUGCCCUCUCCAUUUUUGUCCCCAAUUCCGGCGCAUACGCCAAGCCCGUGAAGCACUGGGCUACCUCGCCUUUGCAGAUCACGGACUUUCAGAAGUGGAAGCUGGUGGGGCUCCAGAGGUCAACCUCUCCAGGUGGCCCCAACAUGAUGCAUUCUCUCAGCCGCUACAGCCGCUACAUCAGCGUGCUGGACGCCGACCACAAAACCCUCCGCUGUCCGCAGUACCGAGGGCACCUGAUCCUCCGGCUGGCCGACCACCGCACCCAGAUCAAGCGAGGGAGCACCUACCAAGUGCACGUCCAGACCCUCCUCACCCAGCUCUGCUCCAAGGCCUUCCUCUACGCUUUCUGCCAUCACCUGCACCUCCCCAUCCGAGAGGGGGAGACGGAGGACUCUGUUACCGCGCGGCGGGAGAACUUCUUGAAAGUCCAGCUGGGUCUGGCAAACGAGGACCGCAGAGUGAUCCAGUAUCUGGCCGAGCUUCUGAAAUUGCAGUACAUUCAGGAUCCCAUCUGCGGGGUUAGCCCCGUGCUCAGGUUCGAUUACCUGCCCAGCUCUUUGUACAAAAUUUAGGCGGCCUUCAGAGCCUGCCCUGCCAGUGUCCCUCCUCGCCCCACAUUCGUCUGUGGCCCUUAACAGGCUUCCACCCUUCCAGGACUGUCCCGUGGGAAUCCUGAGAGCGAUAAGAGAUUAAAGUGAGACUCCAGACAUCUGGCACCGCUGCCAGGUUGCUCUCAAAAGGCAAGAGAGCAGCAUUUUGUACAGAGAGGGCAUGAAUGUGGCAGGCAAUCAUGAACUUGAGGAAGCUGGGAUACCGAAUUUGUGAGCAAGUUCUUCCAGUCGGGUCUUUUGCAGAUCGGUGGGAUAUCUGCAGUGCAUCUCAUUUGCAUGUGGGUUAAUAUUCCAACUAAUGUGAAUUAUUAUUUGGGCAAUCGGCAGGAGGCCUUGUUGGUUUUACUCUCCUUUUUCAAGCAGAGGGCAGUGUUCAGAAACCAAACAUAAAGAGUCUGAUUCGUUUCGGGUGUUGAAUUGCAGGUGGGGCGAAAUCUGCAUGGUGUGAUGGGUUGAGCCCCCCCAAUUCAAUUCAAAAGGGAAACUUGCUGUUGCGUUGCACUUCUGAAUGGGGAAGAGGGUGCAGCUCUGAAAACUGUUAAGGAUGUGAAUAUCGGUGCCCCUCGGGUAACAACCUAACAUGGCUUGGUUUUUGGGCAGAGUAGCUCAGUCUGUCAGCUACAUUGUUUGACUUUGAAACACCGCACUGUUUCCCAUAAUAUGACACCUGAGAGUUUUGAACCCCAAAUUGGCUGGGUCAAGUUCUAGUGACCUGGUCAGCGUAAGCAUAGCUGCACCCAGGCCCUUCAAAGGCAACCGUUCUUUUGCUCUAGACAGUGGCUUAGAUCUUGGCUAAGAAAGAAAGCUGCUCCAGCUGCCCUUACUUUGAUGACUAAGGACAUUGUAGAUUGACAUCUUUGUUGCUUGCUCUUGAAAAUAUUCCAGCUCAUGCUGAAAACACGCCAGUUUUUCCUUCUGUAGUAGGUCAGGAUUGCACAAGACCAGGCUUGAGAAAGCUUUUUGGAGCGCACUUCGUUUACUCAUUUGAAAAAGAUUUCCAACACAUCGAUUUCUUGUUCCUCCCAGUGAAAUUUUUGGGGAGGGUUGGUUGUGUUGCCAGUUUCGUUGAUGUCAUCCAUGCUGGCACAGCACCAAAGAAUUACAUUUCAGCAAGACUAGAGAGUAGAUUUGGAAAUAAAAUGUUUAGUUUCUGGGCAUAUUUAAGAAACCCUAAAACUUGUUUGCCCGCAAUCCCCAAGAGUCGGCUGGAAAGUGUCACCUAGUUCUUUAAGCACCAGAGUGUUUGCAGGCAGCGUUUCUCCACCUUGGCCAUUGUCAGAGGUGUGGAUUGCCAGCUGGAGAAUUCUGGGAGUUGAAGUCCACACCUCUGAUAGUGGCCAAGGUCGAGGAACGCUGCUUUAGGAGGGUGCAGCGUGGUAGCUGGGUGGCUCUGCCCGUCCGGGGCCAUUGUGCCUUUUGAGAGCAAUCUGGAGUUGCUAUGUAGUCGCUGCGACUUUAUGUAGACUUUGCUUGAGUUGAUCUGGUGCUGGCUGGCCUGCCUUUGUAGUAUCUGUAGACGUAGCACAGCCCUUCCAGGGGUCCCCCCGAACUUUUCCUCUUAUUGCCAAUUCCUGCACCCCCUUUGUCACUCCCUGCUGACACCGUCACUUUCCAAGCAGCGUCUCUCAUCUCUGCAUGUUUGAUUUUCUAGUUUGGUCCCAGAGCUUUUGCAUCGGUGGCACUUAGGAGGCAGCAGAAACUGGGGCCCCUCAGAGAAACCCAGGCAGCCUUCAUGCAUCCGUGCUAUUAAGUCACAUCCUGAGCAAGAACUGGAUGAAAUAAUACUCAACACCAAGCUACUGUGACUUUAAAAAAAAAGUGUAUAUUUAAAAAAGGAAAUUAUUUAUUUGGGCGCAAAUAUUUUUUGAAAUACAAAUAUAUAUAUAUAUAUAUUGUUGUAUUUUUUAAAGCUUAUAUAACCCAUACAGUUCGUGGUAAAAUUCUUAAUUUUAUUGUGCUUAGUAAAUACUGUCCUGACGGUAUGUUUGGGCUUGUGCAUCUAGUACAGUGAAGG